UCGAUCUCGAGACCGAGGGGAGAACUUUCAACGGCUUGGAAGUCAGUGGCCGCGCGUAGCUCCAUCUGAUGCUGGAGAUGUCAAGUCUCCCCGCGCGCGUUUUCUCAUGGUCCGCCUGGCUGUGGUGGGCAUCUCUGGUGGCGCACUCGAUGGUCUCCACCUCCCGCUCCCCGUCACCCGUGCACCAGAGACCAGCAGCCGGUGUCAAGCGCCCGGGAUUUAUGGAGAGAACUCUGAUUCUGCUGGACGUCAACACCCGCAGUCCAAUCAGCGUUCUGAACGAGAACUUCCUCUCACUGCAGCUGGACCCUUCGAUCAUCAAGGACGGAUGGCUGGACUUUCUGAGCUCCAAGCGGCUCGUGACUCUGGCGCGCGGCCUGUCUCCUGGAUACCUGCGCUUUGGCGGCAAACGAAGCGACUUCCUUCACUUCAACAACCAGAAGACGCUGAAGUACAGAGGACCGGGACCAGAUUACUACCUGAAAAACUACGAAGACGAUAUUGUGAGGAGCGACAUUGCCUUGGAUAAGCAAAAUGGCUGCAAGCUCGCCAAUCACCCGGAUAUUAUGCUCGAGCUGCAGCGAGAAAAAGCUGCCACGACUCAGCUUGUUUUGCUAAAAGAGCAACUGUCCAAUAUCUAUAGCAACAUCACGAUAACAGCCAGGUCUUUAGACAAAUUGUACAACUUUGCCGACUGUGCUGGUCUUCACCUGAUCUUCGGCCUCAAUGGACUCCACAGAAACCCAGACUACUCCUGGAACACCUCGUCCACCCUGAGCUUGCUGAAGUAUAGUGCUGGCAAGAAGUACAAUAUCUCCUGGGAGCUUGGAAAUGAGCCGAAUGCCUAUCACAGCAUGGUUGGCCUGACAGUCAAUAGCACCCAGUUUGCACAAGACUACACCAGACUGAAGACACUGUUGCAAUCUGUACGAUUUUACAACAAAGCACACCUCUACGGGCCUAAUGCAGGUCGACCACGAAAGAACGCUUUACACUUGCUUGAUGGGUUUAUGAAAAGUGCUGGCUCCGUUGUUGAUGCAGUUACGUGGCAACAUUACUUCAUGGACGGCAGGGUCAGCAGAGUGGAGGACUUUCUCAAAACACGUCUGCUGGACACUCUGACAGAACAAAUCAAUAAAGUCACAAAGGUUGUGAACACACACUCUCCUGGUAAGAAGGUUUGGCUUGGUGGACUGGGUCCGGCAUGGACUGCAGGGAUCAAUAAUCUGUCCGAUACAUAUGCUGCCUGCUUUUUGUGGGCCAACACGCUUGGAGUGGCGGCCGUAAAGGGAGUUGACGUUGUCCUACGUCAUUCAUUCUUCGACUAUGGCUACACACAUUUUGUGGACCAGCAUUUUAACCCCUUGCCUGAGUACUGGCUGUCCCUUGUCUUCAAGCGUCUGGUCGGUCCAAGAGUUUUAGCCGUCCGAGUUGCUGGGUUACAAAGGAAGCCCCAGCCAGGACGGGUCAUCAGAGACAAACUACGCAUUUACGCCCACUGUACAAGCUAUAACAACCACAACUACAUUCGAGGAUCCAUAACCAUCUAUAUCAUCAAUCUGCAUCGGUCUCGGAAGAAAAUAAAGUUGGCAGGCACGUUACGAAACAAGACGGUCCAUCAGUACCUGUUGCAGCCCUACAGCAACGACGGCCUGAGAGCCAAGCAUGUACAGCUCAACGGAGAGAAGCUAGUCAUGCUGGACAAUCAGACAUUCCCCGAGCUGAAACCCAAAACUUUGAGGGCUGGCAGGACAAUAGCGAUGCCUCCACUGAGCAUUGGAUUUUAUGUCAUCAGAAACAUGAAUGCAUACGCCUGUCGGAGAUAACACUUGGCUUCUAGUCCUGAUGUGCAGGUCAUUCAAACCUGAAAAUGGUCAUCAUCUCACUGCCAGCCUUUUAAGUGCAGACUGUGUGUCUGUCUGUACUCUUUGUUUUUCAGCCUUUUUCUUUCAGGACAGAAAAAAGGGACCUCCCCCAUCGUGGAUGUUUGACUCGAUCGGUCCUCGUCCUAUGGAAAACAAGUCACUAUUCCUUAAAUCACUGUUUCUAAAGCGACGGCUGACUCACUAAACUGCACUGAUUUAUAAUCAGUUUGUGGAAGAGGCUUGUUUUGAAUAAUUUGCAUACAACUUUUUGUGCCAAUGGAAUCACAAACCUAACAGCAUGACUCACUAAAAGCUAUUUAAUGAUGCCAUGAUGUGAUUCUGUUAUGUUCAAAGCUAAAACUUGUCAAGUCAUUUUUCUCCACAAGCUACAGUGCGUGAAAUUGAACUGAGGCCUAUGUGUGUCGGACGGUAUUGUCGUUGGUUUUACUGACAAAGCUACUGAUGUUUUUCCAGUCAAGAGGCAUAUUUUCUGCCAAAAGCUUUUAAAGAACUUUAAGGAGAAAUUGCCAUCAUGCCUUUGAGCCUGUUGUUUUCUUAGUCUGCUGCAGGUUUGACAGCUCUGUCUCAUAAACCUGACAGUCACCACAUUCAAGAAUUUAAAAUUCCAGUUAGUUUCCAGUGUUCAUCAGCUAAAACCCUUGUCCUCUAUGCUGCUAGUUUUUGUGUGUGUGACAUCUGUUGUGUACAUAUUUGUUGCCAUUUCUGAGAAGAGUUUUUGUACAUUGAAUAAGAGAUGGAAUAAUGUGAUGCUACAUUACAUGUAAUAUUGUUUAAAAUAAUUACAGACAUGUCUAUAUAGAAAAUAAUUUUACAAAAUACACUUAGGGA